UCCAAGGACCAAUUCAAGGACUAAUCCAAGGACCAAUUCCACCCAUCCAGGGAUGACGCUAGUUUGUACAACGUGGACGGAACCAACAUGAAGUCAUGGCUGCUUUUAAUCAUCACUUUUUUCUUGAUGUGUCCCAGUGUGUCGGUGAUCAGAGACGACGAACAUAAAAAAUGUCCCUCAUCAAGUUUUGGCCGUGACUGCAGAUACCAUUGUCACUGCCGGGGUGAUGACGAGUGUGACCACGUAACUGGCCAGUGCAAGGACACGUGUCAGCUUGGCUGGUCGGGAAAUGCUUGUCAAAGACGUAACAUAGCGCUGAACAUGCCGGCAACGAUCCGAGCCGGUGUAGACGAAGAGACGGGCGGACUCGGGGUGGACGGGGACGAGAGGACCUGCGUGUCGUCCAGGGCCAACAGAACCGGCUGGUGGAAGCUCGAUCUCCUGUCCACACACACAGUCUACAGGAUGAAGGUCGUCGCAGAAAACAUAACGUCAGUGCGAGGUUGGCGAGUGCACGUCAGCGAUCACGACAGUAUGUUCUGGACGAAGCCGUGCACGACGUUGCGACACCAUGGCUCGAUGACGUACUUGUCGUGCGACGUCCCGGUGGACGGACAGUAUGUGGGGUUAUUCAACCUGGGCGCACCAGUUUCCGUGUGCGAGUUCGAAAUAUAUACCUGUUCAAACUUUACAUUUGGACAAGACUGUAUUGAGUGCCAAUGCAGCGAUGAUAAAGAAAUCUGUGACGUCAUACAUGGCACGUGCAAGUCUGACUGUCAUGCCGGAUGGACAGGCCUCAGUUGUCAAACAGCAUGUUUUAUGUCAUACGGUGAAAACUGUGUCAGCGAUUGCGGACAUUGUCACGGAAAUCAGUCAUGUGACCCUACAACAGGGGUUUGUCCUCUAGGCUGUGAAAAGGGCUGGAUAGGUUCAAGAUGCGAUCUAGAAUGCCCCCCGGGUUACUACGGCUGGAACUGCAGUUCGCCGUGUGGACAGUGCUUGGGCGGUGUCGUCUGCUCAUCAAAGGAUGGACUGUGUCCAGGGAGAUGUGCGUACGGAUGGAAUGGGUCUAAAUGCGACCAAGCCUGUCCUGCUGGAUUGUAUGGCGGUAACUGUGAGUUCAUCUGCGGAAAAUGCAAGAUGGCGUCGUGUGACAGUAAAACAGGAGAAUGUACCCAGGGUUGUGAAGAUGGCUGGGAAGGACGAUUCUGCACUUAUGAGUGUUUACCAGGGAAGUAUGGACCAGCCUGUAGUAGAGAGUGUGGCCAUUGUGUGACAUCUCCCUGUAACCGCAUUGAUGGAAGGUGCAACCAAGAUGGCUGCGUCAUUGGAUUUUAUGGCAAACAGUGUCAGGAUGCCUGUAAACCGGGAUUCUACGGCCAGGACUGUAAAAAGCGGUGUGGCCGGUGUGCUGUAAACCCGGCUUGUGAUGCCUACACGGGUAGAUGUACUGACAAGUGUAAAGCUGGCUGGACUGGUGCGAACUGUCAACAAGUCUGUCCUGGCGGCACAUGGGGAGACAACUGUACGGUGGAAUGUGGCUUGUGUUACCAGAACAAGGACUGCAAUCCAGAAACUGGUCUCUGUGAUGAAGGCUGCUUCGAUGGUUUCAGCGGCGUCUACUGUACAAUAGAGCAGGAGUUCCAUGACAAGGCCAGCACGUUGUUAGCUCCCUUCAUGGGGAUCACGGUGAGCAUCCUGCUGUCAGUGUUCCUCUUCCUCGUCGUCUGCCUCGUCUUCAAGUGGCGGACCGAGUACACGCUCGAGCAACUCGACCAGCAGAAGGAGGCAGAAUGUCUGCUUUGAGUGAAUCUUUUGAGUGUUUCUUCUGAGUCUCUUCUGACAGUCUCCUUUGAGACUUCUUUAACUGUUGCUUUUAAGUUUCCUCGAAUGUAUUAUUUUAGUGUUUCUUCUAAGUUUUUGCUUCCUCGUGUCUGCUUUAAGUGUUUCCUCUGAAUCUUCUGAGAAUCUCCUUUGAGGCUUAUUGAACUGUCACGUCUGAUUCUUCUCAAAGUGUCUUCUUUUAAUGUUUCCGCUGACAUUAUCCUCCAAAUCUUCUUUAUGUGAAAACUCUGAAUGUCUGCUCUACAUGUCCUUUAACUGUCUCCUUUAACUUUCCACUCUGAGACUCUCCUUUUACUUUACGUAUUUCCUUUAAGUUUCCUUUAAUUGUUUCCUGUGAGGGUUUCCUAAAAGUAUCUCUUUAAGUGUUUCAUCAAAGUAUCUUUUGUGUGUUUCCAUUGAUCGAAUGUUCCUUUGACUUUGGCUUUUUCUCCGAUUGUCUAAUCUGAAUAUUUCUUUUCAGUAUCUCCUCCUAGUAUAUCAAGUUUUUCAGAGUCUUCAAAUGUUGUUUCUUUGUUUGUUGUUGUUGAUUUUGGUUUUGAGGGGUGAGUGUCUCAUCCGAGUGUGUCCUUUGAGUGUCUUCUUAAAGUGCAUCCUCUGAGACUCCUCUGAAUGUGUGUCUCGUGUGAUUCUCCAGAGUGUCUCCUUUCAGUCUCUUCAGAUAGCACCUAAACCUAUAUAAUAAACCUACGAUGAACGAUUGGAUUCAAGCUUGUUUAUGCUGUUAUAACAUUGAAGCAUAAUGCUAUGCAGAGUAAACAUAUAUAAAUGACUGUUUGGCCCUGUUUCUACUGAUUUUGUAAUAAUAUUAUUACUGUUAAAAUGUUACUUUGUCUGGUCUGUUUUUGGUUUUUUGACGAAUAUGAUUGUUUUGUAUAGAUAUACAAUACUGAAUUAUAAUAUUUAGUGUGUAGUUUAUAAUUAUAAAAAUAAACCCAACGCAUGUAUUUUAUGUGACAUCUAGGAUCAAGAUAUAAACAUGUAAUAAAACUGGGCAUAGAAGAUUAAUUAAUGUUUUUGUAUUUUACUGUGGAAUGUUUGAUCAGAUCUAAAUAUUGGCUUUAAUUUAACCCAUUUAUGUACAUUAUUUGUAUGUUGUUAGAAAAUCGAUAACCAAUGUAUUUCGUUCAUGUUGUGGUAUCGUUAAAUGUCCAGCCAUUUCAUCAGGAAGAUUUGAUACACAAACAUAUUGGAAAAUCUUACGGAAAAUGGAAGUUAGGCAAUCAUGAUAGAAUUUAAUUUGGGAACAAAUGCUAGAAGAACUGGUCAGCGAAAAGAAGAAGUGAAUGUGAGUAGUAAGGGCCCCACUAUAGGGUAUAUCGAUUUCACUAUUGCAUCAUCCAAGAUGGCCGCCAAUCUGCGUAGUAAAGGGGAUGAUGCCAUACUGACGUCACUAGGCCCCGCCUCCAGAAGGGUGUAUACAAGUUUAUUUUAAGAACUGACUGAUGCAAUGCUGACGUCACUAGGCCCCGCCUCUAAAAGGGUGUGGGCACAUUUAUUUUAAGAAUGGGUGUAAUACUGACGUCACUCUUACAUUGUACAUUCCAGUUUUUCUUUUAAGAACCGAUGUAAUGCUCAAUACAGUAGUUUGUCCAAAUGUGUAUUUGAAGACAAUGGUUACUUAAAAGACGUAUGUUAAUUAAUAUCCCCCACCCCCUUUGUUAUUAUAUAGCAGCUUAUGAAAGAGACCGUUCGUCGCACCCAACAUUGAAUACAAGUGUACGAGAGAAGAAAUAAAGAAAGAAUGAAGAGUUGUGAAACGUUAAUAAAUGAUACCUUGAUAUUUGUAUUACACAUUUAUGAAUGAACUGAAUGCUGGAACGUUCGGAAGUCUUGCCAAUGUUGUACUCACCUAAAUUAGAAUAAUAUCCAUAGGAAAAAUCCACAUACUUGUGAGAAUUAUUUUAGCAACUAAUCUUAUACGAUGUAAGGCCCCACAGUCUGGGAGUCAAAUUGAAAUGUGAUAUCUGUCAGCUGUGAAUCGUUUCGUUGAUCCGCAUCCCGGUAAUCUAAACUAGGUGUGAGCCCACUUGAAUUUUGUUUACUCCCCUCCCCACACACACACAUCUCGAUGACGAUAAUAUAUAUAUAUAUAUAUACAUAUAUACACAGUGUUGGAUGUAGGGA